CAUUUAAAUAUCUCACAUCGCCCACUCGCACACUCGGCAACUCAAAAGGAGUCAUCUUGUUCGCCGCCGCGGAGAGACGUUUUCGCUGUUCCAGGAGCAAACAUGGUGUCAGGGAAGAAGACGAAGAAGACUCAUGAGAGCAUCAACAAUAGGUUGGCUCUUGUCAUGAAGAGUGGAAAGUUUACUCUUGGAUACAAGACUGUUCUUGAGUCUCUUAGGAGUUCUAAAGGCAAGCUGAUCAUCAUAUCUAACAAUUGCCCUCCAUUGAGGAAGUCUGAAAUCGAGUACUAUGCUAUGCUCGCCAAGGUUGGAGUUCAUCAUUACAAUGGAAAUAACGUGGAUCUUGGGACAGCAUGUGGAAAGUAUUUCCGUGUGUCGUGCCUUUCCAUCAUCGAUGCAGGUGAUUCCGAUAUCAUCAAGUCUCUCCCUGGUGACAGUUGAAAGACGAGAUGAAAGCAAUAGGUUUCCAAGAUGUUUGAUUCGAGUGUUGAGUUUAAAUUUCUAUUUGUUUUUGUGAACCUGAUGAAAUCUGUAGAAGACAUGGAUGCAUUUAGCAUUUUGGGCUUACUCUAGUAAGGAUAUAAAUUGUUCAAUGAAUGAAAUUUUGGUAUUAUUGGUUCAGCUG